UCUCCCUCUCCUUCCCUCCACACCCCAUCCUCCAUCGCCAAGAUGGCAUCCCUGUCGCCUGCGCGUCGUGGCCUUUCCCGCUCGCUCGGCAAGCUGCUGCUGCUCGGCCUCUCCUCUCUCUCCGCCGCCUCUCCCCUUCCCGCCCUGACGCCCUUCAUCGCCCUGCACUCGUCGCACUCCGACGAGGGGCCGCGCACUCCCCUGCAGCUCUUUGUCGAUGUCGCCAGCAUCAUUGCCCUCGUGCUGCUCGGCGGCGUCUUUGCCGGCCUGACGCUCGGCCUCAUGGGCCUCGACAUGGUCAACCUGCAGGUGCUGAGCACCAGCGGCAGCGAGACGGAGAAGAAGCAUGCCGGCAAGGUGCUGCGCCUCCUCGAAAAGGGCAGACACUGGGUGCUCGUCGUGCUACUGCUCGGCAACGUCGUCGUGAACGAGUCGCUGCCCAUCUUCCUCUCCGACUUUGGCGGCACCGCAGCUGUUCUCGUCUCCACGUUCCUCAUCGUCAUCUUUGGCGAAAUCGUGCCGCAGUCCAUCUGCGCGCGCCACGGCUUGGCCAUCGGUGCCUACUGUGCGCCGCUCGUGCACAUCACCAUGCUCGUCAUGGCGCCCGUGGCGUGGCCCACUGCCAAGCUACUCGACUGGUGCCUGGGAGAAGAUCACGGCACCACCUAUCGCAAGGCUGAACUCAAGACGUUCGUCAGCCUGCAUCAACAGAUCGGCACAGACGGACUCAACGAGGAUGAAGUGACGAUCAUCCGUGCGGUGCUCGAGCUCAACGACAAGACGGUCGCUUCAGUCAUGACGCCCAUUGAGGACGUGUACACUAUGAGUGCCGACACCAUCAUGAAUGAGGAGAACAUCCAGCACCUCGUCCAGUCGGGCUACUCGCGCGUGCCAGUGCAUGAGCCGGGCAAGCCAGAUGCAAUUCUGGGCAUGCUGCUCGUCAAGCGUCUAAUCACCUACGACCCGGAAGAUGCGAUGCCUGCUUCUUGGUUCCAGCUCACGCCUCUGCCCGAGACGAACCCGGACCUGACGCUGCUUGACACGCUCAACUACUUCCAACAAGGACGAAGCCACAUGAUUCUCGUCUCGAAGAGUCCGGGAGAGCCAAAGGGAGCGAUGGGCAUCGUCACGCUCGAAGACGUCAUCGAAGAAGUGAUUGGCGAAGAGAUCAUCGACGAGACGGACGUCUUUGUCGAUGUGCACAACAAGAUCAAAGUCGUCCGCAAUCGUCCUCAACAAGGCACGUCUGCAAACUACGCGGGCCUAGUGCAAGGCAUCAUCGAGCGCCGUCGCAAGUCGGGCAUGAUGAAGCGCAGCACGCCGCUCAAGUCGUACGGCGCGCUCGGCACGAGUGUGGGUGCCACGGGCGGCAAGGCUAGCGACAAGGUGGCGAUCAAGCGGCCGGGCUCGCCCAUGUCUACCACGGCGAGCCAGGCCAGCUACAGCACGGACGGCGGCAUGAGAGGCUGGGGGUCGCCUCGCAACGCCAACGGCCCGGCAAGCGGCGGCGUAGUGCUCCCUGGCGGCGCCGUCAUUCCAUCUCGGCGCAUGUCAAACGAGCCGGAACGCAAGGACGGCGGCAGCGGCAAGACGUUCCCGCGCACUCAGACCUGGUCCCACCCCGACGCUUCUUCCUCCAACCUCACUGUCGCUCCUGGCAGCGUCUCGGACGCCUCGGAGAGCAGCACCAGCACUCUGGUGCCGCCUCCUCCGGCACCCGCAAGCGUCACGCAAUCGCCGCGUGCCGUGCAUGCGCAGCUCGGAGAGGCGCCUCCGCCGGGUGCGGCGGCCGCAGCCGCAGCGGCCUCGCUUCCCCUGCUCGACGAAGCGAUCGCGGAACAGCCGGAUGCCGAGGCACAAGCUGCGGGCGCGGCAGCGGCAGAGGCAAAGAAGCAGCAGCAGCAGCACCCGAUACUGGACAACGCGAGGAGAGUAUUUGGCGACGAGGAGCUGGAUGAGAGGACGACGCUGCUGGGAAACGAGGCAAAGGGAAAGGGCAACUAGGUAGCAGUGCGCAGAUUGCAUCGGAAUCCUCUCCGCCUCUCCUCUCCUGUGCGACGUAGCAACCCAAAAUCGGCAUAGCUUGCAGUCCCCGUCGAGCGUGGCAAGAACGAAGGCAGCUCUGGGUGUGCAGAGCCACGCCGUCGUAGCGUAAGGAGGGGGCAACGAGUGACGGAGGCGAGAAAAGACUCAUCGGACGGAGCUCAUCUUUCUCGACGGCGCUCGGUCAAAGGAGCAGACAGCAUGCAGCAUCGCUAUUGGAGAUAGCGAGCGCUGACGACGCUUGGGCAAUAGAGCGAGAGCAAGACAGAAGCAAACAGGAA